AAAUGAUGAAUUUCUAGAUCCACAAUUUACAAAAUGCUAGUUAUUAACAACAUGAAUACUCUACCCAAUUAGAUCUUAGUAUGACCAACAUCUGAAUGUAAAAUCUCUGAUGCAAAGCGACAAAAAAGAACGUAGCGGGGAGAUCAACAAUUUAUCGAAAACAUACAUAUGCGAGAACGUGUGAAAAGGGAACGUAGAGCGAGAAGCUUUUAUAUUUUUAUUUGUAUUUGUUGAAAUAUAUCGUUUGUAGCAUUUAAUAAAUAUUCUGUAUACAUUUGUAUCACAGCCCGAAACAUGUCCAAUAAAUUCGAGGCUACUUGCAGAUUAAAAGGCAAUGAAGAUAGUGGAGAUGACGAAACACAGUCAAAAGAUAAUCAAAAGGUUGAGAAAGAUUCAGUACCUCGUAUAGAAAUUAAUCCAAAUGAGCACAAAUUACAAUAUGCAUAUGCAUUAUGGUAUAGUCGACGCAGUCCUGGUAAACAACCAAGCAUACAAAGCUACGAUCAAAAUUUAAAAUUGGUCGGUAGGUUUGCAAGUGUAGAGCAAUUUUGGAGUCUUUAUAGUCAUUUGCUACGGCCAUCAGAAUUGACAACACAUACAGACUUUCAUCUUUUCAAAGUUGGCAUAAAACCAAUGUGGGAAGAUGAGGCAAAUCAGAAAGGUGGUAAAUGGAUAGUACGAUUACGAAAAGGUUUAGUGUCCAGAUGUUGGGAAAAUCUUAUUUUAGCUAUGUUAGGAGAGCAGUUUAUGGUUGGAGAAGAAAUAUGUGGAGCUGUAGUAUCUAUAAGGUUUCAAGAGGACAUAAUCUGUGUAUGGAAUAAAACUGCAUCAGAUUACGCGACAACAGCGCGUAUUAGAGAGACAUUGAGGAGAGUAUUGAAUCUUCCAGCUAGUGCCUCUAUGGAGUACAAAACCCAUAAUGAAAGUUUAAAACAUGUUCAUCGGCUCUAAAAGCAUGUGAUGGUUACUCAAAAACUUGAGUUUUUCAUGGUGGACUUUCAACAAACCGAUACUUGUGAGAAGAUGAUAUUUCUUAGGAGAAAAAUAUUUUACAACUAAAGGAUUUGAAUGAACAUCUUAUUCGGUAAUACAUUUUAUUCACAAGUGUCUUGUAACUUAUGUAAAUAAUAAAUACAUGUUGAUAAUAAAAAAAAUUCUUAUUUCCAAAAGAUACAAAUUUAUCACAACUUUUGGUAAAAUUAUAGUAUAUGUAUAAUAUAUAUAUCAUUAAAAUUAAAACAUCAUUUUGUUUUAAAUAUUUUUAUUUAAGGGUACUUAAAACUCGAAAUCCAUUUUACACAAUAUAUUUAUACAUUUGUACAUGAGAUCAUAUUUCUGUAGAAUGCAUAAGUAAUUAUAAGUGACAUGUUUAUGUAUAAUGCUUCUAUACAGGAAGCAUUUCAACUGAAACGAGAUAUUAAUUUUUGUGUAAAUAUUCUGUAUUUUUUGUAUUUUAAUUUGAAAUAUAUAAAAAGACAAUA